AUGAAAUUUUUUGUGAUUUUUUUGUGUUUUAAUGUUUUGUGGAUGGUCAGAAGUGCUCCGGUUAACUCAUUUACUAAGAAAAGUUUGAGGAACAAUGGAGUAGAUGACUUUAAUGCAGACAAAUUGAUCGCAUUUAUGCAAAAAUACGGAUAUCUCGACAAUCCAGCUGACAUGAGAGAAGGUCUCGUUGCUGAGUCAUUAUAUGCUGAGAAUGCGAUUGUAGAAGGAAUUAAAAAUGUUCAGAGAUUUGGUAAAAUAUAUCCAAGUGGGGUGAUGGAUGAUGAGACGGUGAAGUUGAUGAGUGCGCCUAGAUGUGGUGUUAAGGAUGUGCUGAGCUCGAAGGAGAGACGGAAAAGAUUUGUGGUCGGAGCGAAGAAUUGGGAGAAGCGAAAGAUCACUUACUUCUUAGCGAACUACAGCCCAAAAGUAAACCAAACAGAAAUGGAAUCAGCUAUCAAAAAAGCUUUUGAAGCUUGGUCACUAUACAGCAGAUUAGUCUUUAAACAAGUCAAUGACACAGGAGCCGAUAUAAUUAUAGCCUUCGGUAGCUACUAUCAUGGUGAUAGAUAUCCAUUUGAUGGUCCUGGAAACAUCUUAGCUCAUGCAUUCUAUCCAUAUGAAGAGAACUCUUAUGGCGGUGACAUUCACUUUGAUAAUGAUGAGAAUUGGAAGAAAGGAUCUCAAACUAUGAGUGAGGGUGUUGAUUUUAUGACCGUUGCUGUUCAUGAGCUUGGACAUAGUUUGGGAUUGGCACAUAGUCCGGUAUAUAAUGCUGUUAUGUUUCCUUAUUACAAGGGUUCGUCACCUGCUCAGUUGGAUUAUGAUGAUAUAUUGGGGCUGUAUCAGUUGUAUAUUCAAAGAACCUUAAUAGACAACACAGAUGAGUCAGACAACACAACUACACAAGUUUCGGAAGUUGAAAAUCCAACUCACAGCUCAAAUGAGGUACAGACAACAACAACAACAUCGACACUUCCGCCAACAACUGAGCAUGCGUCGUCAAGUAUUGAAACCCAUGUGUCUGAGGAUGAUGAGCCACAAACACCAGAUGAAGUGCCAGACUUUUGUGAAGGUGGCUAUGACUCCAUGGGAAUCAUUAGCAAUCAACUUUACAUCAUUAAAUCCAAUUACGUGUGGAAAUUUAACUCAAAAUUCAAAAUGUUUGAUGAUUUUCCACAAAAACUUAACAAAGUAUUUCCAAAUUUACCGCGAAGAUUUAGAAAAAUUGAUGCUUUUUAUGAGAAUGAUGAGAAUGGUGAGAUUGUGAUGUUUUCUGGGAAUGAGUACAUCACUUAUGACUCAAGGGGGCCAAUUUUUAUGGCUUAUAAUUUGACGAGGUUUACUAAUGAUCCGGAUAUUGAGAGGAUUGAUGCUGCUAUGGUUUGGGCAAAAAACAAGAAAACUUACUUAUUCUCAGCAAACAGGUUCUAUAGAUUCUCAGAAUAUCUCAAGAUGGAUCCAUUCUACCCUCGAGUCAUGAAAAGAUGGAAUGGAGUUCCAAAGAAUCUAAAAGGAGCCAUUUCAUUCAAACCAAAUGGACCAACUGCAUUCUUUAAGGAUGACGAAUUUCUAUUUUAUGACGACAAAAAUGUAAAGCUGAAAGAUGGAAAGAGUAAGAAGAUUGUGGAACUGUUUGAUUAUUGCAACGAUUUAUAA